UAAAUUGGUUGUCAAAUUUUCAUACCUUAGAGGUGAAAGUGUGGUAGAUUUGUUGACUGCCUAAGAAGCUGUAGGAAUUCAUGGCGUCUAUUUUCGAAUGUUUCUCUUAUAAAAGGAAAAUAUAAUUACUUUUACUCGAGAUUAUACAUCCAAAAUCGAAGGAUAAUUUACGUGACGGCAAUCCACCUGGACGGAAUUCUUAUCCACCUGACGCCAGUCUUUUGAUUUGUACCCUCCUAACAUGCAUAUGAGCAUGCCUACAAACCAAAAUUUAUGAACUUAUGUCAAUCAAAAAACAUAGCACACAACACAUUCUCGACAAAGCUCGCAAAAAGGAUGUCAACAUCCAAUCAAUCUCCUCUUCAAAUGCCAGUUGAACAUAGGUGUCUCGACUUGCUUCAUGUUGCGGCCAUCAAAACUGGACAAUGCUAGAAUUGAUGUACGUUCAUCAUAAGUGAUAGAACAUACGGAAUUCAACACUUGAAACUUGUCAAGUGUCUCUUGAACCGGCCCUGACUUUUCCCCGUAUCCAACCUUCUUGCAACUAGGUUUCUCUUGUUUCCUCCAAGGCACUCACUUGCAAAGAACAGUUCAUCAGCUCCUCAACUAUUCCAUCUGAGCUUACUUUCACGUUUCAGCAACUCCUCCAAAUCAGAAGUGUUUCUCUUCUCAACUAUUGCAUUUUUUCUUCUGAUUCGCAAGCCAUCAAGUUGCAUUAACUGAAGAAAUGUAUUGGAAAAUGGAUUUGAUUUGCCUGCAACAAAAGCUUGGCAUACAUUUCAGCUCAACACUUCAGAAGGAGGUUACAAGAUACUUGUUUGUGCUGAGAAAAGUAGCACUCCUGUUGUCCAGCAAUACACGUUCAUGGGAUCUUCAAAGGAACCACAGGAAUACAAUUCCAAUCUUUACCCUCACAUAGAGCCUUAUAGUACUGGGUUCUUAAAAGUCUCAGAUAUCCACACAUUGUACUGGGAACAAUCAGGAAAUCCAAAUGGUCAUCCUGUUGUGUUCCUUCAUGGUGGACCAGGAGCUGGAACAUCGGCCAGCAAUAGACGAUUCUUUGACCCAGAAUUUUAUAGGAUUAUCUUGUUAGAUCAGAGAGGUGCAGGUAAAAGUACGCCUCAUGCCUGCUUAGUUGAUAAUACAACUUGGGAUUUGAUUGGUGACAUUGAAAAACUAAGGGAGCAUUUAGGGAUACCAGAAUGGCAGGUUUUUGGUGGGUCAUGGGGAAGCACAUUGGCACUUGCUUACAGCCAAUUACAUCCAGACAAGGUCACUGGUAUUAUUCUUAGAGGUAUCUUCUUACUAAGGAAGAAAGAGCUUGAUUGGUUUUAUGAGGGUGGUGCAGCAGCCAUAUUCCCAGAUGCAUGGGAACCGUUCAGAGAUUUCAUUCCUGAAGAAGAAAGGGAUAAUUUCAUUCUGGCAUAUAACAAGAGGCUUAAUUCGGAUGACUUAGAUGUACAGAUUAAGGCUGCGAAAAUUUGGACUACAUGGGAAUUGAUGACUGCCCAUCUUCUACAAAAUCAAGAGAAUGUCAAAAGGGGUGAAGAUGACAUUUUCUCAUUGGCAUUUGCACGGAUUGAGAAUCACUAUUUUAUAAACAAGGGAUUCCUUCCCUCUGGUUCAUACAUAUUAGAUAAUGUGGAUAAGAUCCGUCAUAUUAGGACUGUUAUCGUACAGGGUAGGUAUGAUGUUUGCUGCCCGAUGAUGUCUGCAUGGGAUCUCCAUAAAGCAUGGCCUGAAGCAGAAUUCAAGGUAAUUCCCGAUGCUGGUCAUUCUGCUAAUGAACCUGGAAUUGCUGCUGCCUUAGUCGCAGCCAAUGAAAAGUUCAAAAAUCUAAUUCGAUCAGGUGCACCUUGAGACUUGUAACUGAUACUACUAAACUUUCCUCCAAACUUUUAUCGCUUUACUUGUGUUCAUGGGUGUGGAUGCAUCAUUCGGUGCACUUUGCUAAACCAGAAAUUGCAAAAAUUAUAUUCCAAAACUGGUUCAAAAGAAAAAGCUCAACUCCUUUGAGUCUGAUUCA